AUGUAGCCCAGGCUGGUCUCAAACUCCUGGCCUCAAGUGAUCCUCCCUCCUCGGCCUCCCAAAGUGCUGGGAUUACAGGCACCGAGAAGAGCUCGGAAAAGAGCAGAAGGCACUGCUAGCUCCAACGUCUUCUCCAUGUUUGAUCAGUCCCAGAUCCAGGAGUUUAAAGAGAGUCUGGCUCUGUCGCCCAGGCUGGAGUGCAAUGGCGUGAUCUCCGCUCACUGCAACCUCCACCUCACGGGUUCAAGCAAUUCUCCUGCCUCAGCCUCCCAAGCUUUCACCAUCAUGGACCAGAACCGCGAUGGCUUCAUCGACAAAGAGGACUUGAGGGACACCUUUGCCGCACUGGGCCGCAUCAAUGUCAAGAACGAGGAACUGGAGGCCAUGGUGAAGGAGGCCCCCGGACCCAUCAACUUCACGGUGUUCCUGACUAUGUUUGGGGAGAAGCUGAAGGGCACGGACCCAGAGGAGACCAUUCUCCAUGCCUUCAAAGUGUUCGACACUGAAGGAAAAGGUUUCGUCAAGGCCGAUGUCAUCAAAGAAAAACUUAUGACCCAGGCAGACCGCUUCAGUGAGGAGGAGGUCAAGCAGAUGUUUGCAGCGUUCCCCCCAGAUGUGUGCGGCAACCUGGACUACAGAAACCUGUGCUACGUCAUCACUCAUGGCGAAGAGAAGGAUUAG